AUGGAGCGCGAUGCCAAUUCGCCCAGCCACGGCCGCAAGUACAAGAGCCGCAAGGAACGGCCGUGCGAUGCUUGUCGGCGAAGGAAAGUCUGCUGCAUCAGAGAGCCCGGAGAUGGCGCCUGUUCGCUCUGUCGUAUGCAGAACUCUUCUUGUAGAUACGACAAAGGCCCAACUUCACGACGGCGACGACCUGCUUCGGGACCUCCCGUGACCGAGGACGCGGAGAGCUCGUCUUCCGUCUUCCUUCGCCGCCAUGGCUCCCGUGAUCGACGGGAGUCGCUCAUCACAACCACCACACCGGGCUUCUCGGCUGCCACGGGAGGCGAAUGGAUCAGCCAAUAUGUAGGGCUAUCCGGAGACCAGGAUCCAUUCGUCCUGCGCCACAGCAACUUCAACCGCUCCAACUAUUACAAGAGUGAUGAUUGGGCCUGCCUUCGGGUGAGAAGCGAUGGAGCAUUUCCCGCCAUCUUCACCUUGGUUCCAGACUCGCACUUAGACGCAAGACCUCCACACUACCCUGACAGCAGCUUGCUAGAUGAGGCAUAUCCGCUCCACCACGAGCUUCUGACUACCUACUUCGAUGUCAUCCACACCUCAUAUCCCCUGCUGGAUCCGACUCGGUUUGUAAAAGGGAACAAGAUUGAUCUCCCGCUGCUGGCAGCCAUGUACAGCUUGUCAUUGCCCUACUGCCCGGCGGCAAGAGACCUUUCGUACGGCGCCAUCAACUCGUUCGCUUUCCAGGCCUUGCCUAUAGAAUCGCGCAUGCCUCGUCUAGAGACCAUUGAAGCUUCCCUUUUGUUUCUGCAGCGCCACACCCAGAUCCAUCGAGCGCCGACGACUCCCGGCCUGUAUGCCGAGUUAGGUGCCCUUGUCGGGAUAAGUCAUGACGCCGGCCUCAACAUUGACCCUUCAUCUUGGGAUCUUUCGACUGCCGAUCGCAGCCGACGAAAGCGGCUCUGGUAUGCGGUCUUCAUCGCCGACAAGUGGUCCGCGCUAGGACUCGGGAGGCCUUCAUAUAUCCACGAUGAUGAAUGCAACGUGCCACUCCUCACCGUCGACGACAUACCGGCAGAGACAGUGGGCAAGGAUGGUCUACCAAGAACAUCAUCUCAGAUGUUUGUCGCAAUCGCGGCCCUUACACAAAUUCUGUCCGCUAUCCUGACGACUUUCUACACGCUGAAGGGCGCGGAACACUCGGCGCUGUCUACAGUGGAAGAGCUGGCCCGUGUCAAAGGGUUCUUUGAGCUGCAGCUGCACGACUUCCAAGCCCGCUACAUGGCACCCUUUGCAAACAUUACAGAUGUAUUCCUGGACCCCACGGGUAAGUUCUAGUCUUGUUCACUAUCCAUGCCACCGAUUCUUGGUUCGUUGGUGCUUCAUAGAGCCGCAACUUGUCACCGUUCCGAAACAUGAAUGCAUAGUCUCCCAGUGGGACGAGAAUUUGCGUCUGAAACACGACCUGAUCAAUCAUAGGCACACUCUUCCUAGCGUAUUACACAGUCGAGAUUGUGCUCUGUCGCGCACUCCUCCGCUGUCUCCCACCGACUGACCCGAAUUGUCUCCAGCUCCGCGAGAGAGCAAGGCAGCUCGUGAUGUCCAUAUCCAAGCUCCUGGAGAAUCUCCAAGUCACUCGCCUGCGGGCUUUCUGGUGGAGCCCCAUCUCCCGCAUCAAUUUCGCCAUGGCUGGGGGGUUCAUGUUCUCGAUGCUGCUCUCGUCGGUGACGGACGAGGAGGUGGAAUGGUGGUCCGCCGAACUCUCCCGCUACAGGCGGCUCUUGGAUAUGCAGAGCCUGGCAUUCGACACCACCAAGUUGGCUGCUGCUCGGAUGAGUGCGCUUGCGAAUGUUAAUCAGGCACGAGCGCCAUCGGACGCUACGACGGGUCGCGUCGAUCCGAAGCAGGCCUUUUGUCGGGAUUUUGGUGUGGAGCUGAAUACCUUGUGA